ACUUAGAGUAGCACAACGACGUCAUUCGAGUGGCGCGAACCCCCUGGUUGAAGUACUCACUGCGCAUGUACAUGAGGAACAUAACCUUCCCAUGACUACACAACUAAAUGUGAGUGACGUCAUAUUUGAAAUACUUAGUUUAUCGACGUCUGUGUCUCCUCUCCGCCCCGACACCACUAGUGCAGCUGCUUUGGAAUUUUUUAAAGCAUGUGUAGUGGUUCGAUGAGGCGUCCUCACGCGGGCCCUGCCCACAUCGGCGUCACCUAGGAAACGGGGCGUGGAAGUAGCGUCACCGAACAAGAAUCCGCUCAACUUGUUGAUGGGACUGAUUAUGCGAGAGGUCCAGUCCAGCCCCUUUACUUUACUUUGAUGGCCAAAUCUUCGUAACAUUCCACCCUCACUUCCUCUUCACUCCUCUUCACUGUCACAGCCCUCCACCAUGCUGACCCAUCUGUUCCGCAUUCACGGCCUUGUGGUGGCCUCCCAUCCUUGGGAGGUCAUCGUAGGCACCGUGACCCUCACUGUCUGUAUGAUGUCCAUGAAUAUGUUCACGGGAAAUGACCAGAUCUGUGGCUGGAACUUUGACUGCCCUAAAACAGAUGAGCAAAUGCUGAGCAGUGACAUCAUCAUCCUUACCAUUACACGUUGCAUUGCCAUUAUCUACAUUUACUUCCAGUUCCAGAGUUUAAGACAAUUGGGAUCCAAAUACAUUUUAGGCAUUGCAGGCUUGUUCACAAUUUUUUCCAGCUUUGUAUUCAGCACAGUGGUCAUUCACUUCCUUGAUAAAGAACUAACCGGCCUCAAUGAGGCGCUACCUUUUUUUCUGCUUCUGAUUGACCUCUCCAAAGCUUGUGCUCUUGCCAAGUUUGCCCUCAGCUCCAGUUCUCAGGAUGAAGUCCGUGAGAACAUUGCUCGAGGUAUGGCAGUGUUGGGACCUACAUUCACCUUAGAUGCCCUGGUGGAAUGCUUAGUGAUCGGUGUGGGAACCAUGUCAGGUGUUCGACAGUUAGAAAUAAUGUGCUGCUUUGGCUGCAUGUCUAUUUUGGCCAACUAUUUUGUCUUCAUGACAUUCUUCCCUGCGUGUGUGUCACUGGUGCUGGAGGUGUCUCGUGAAAGCCAAGAAGGCCAUCCAAUUUGGCAGCUGAGCCACUUCUCUCGGGUGCUUGAGGAAGAACAGGAUAACAAACCGAAUCCUGUCACCCAGAGAGUCAAAAUAAUUAUGUCGUUGGGCCUUGUUAUGGUUCAUGCUCACAGUAGGUGGAUUGCUGAGCCCCUGUUGUUCAAUGCUACAGUGGGGAUUCCACUGGGUGGCAUGGAUGAAGAACACCUCUCACCCAGGAGAAUUGAGCCAGAGAUACCUCUGUGGCACUUUUACCUCACAAGAAUGAUAACAAUGGAUAUUGAGCAGGUGAUCUGCCUAGCCUUGGCUUUGCUGCUGGCGAUCAAGUACAUCUUUUUUGAACAAGUGGAGAUGGAGUCUCCCCUAUCUAUAAGGAAUCCAAUCACAAUGCCCACCCAGCCAUUGCCUCCGCGACAAGCCACUGAGACUUGCUGUAGGAAGGAACUUGCUCUUCCCCAGUGCCCUCCACCCUCUCCAAGUUUGCCUUCUAUCACACCAGCCAACAAGGAAGAUAUUGAUGAAGUUAUCCGGCCCCUGCUUGUUUCUGUCAAUGAUCCUGGGUCAAGUAAUGUCUCUAUUCUUGAAGAAGAGGAAAAGAAAUCUGAAAUCACAGAGUUACACCUUCUGCCUCCCUUAAAUCCUCGGAGCCUUGCUGAAUGUGUGGCCAUUCUCAACAAUCCAGAGCAAGGGGCUCGUUUUCUCAGUGAUGCUGAGGUGAUAAUGUUGGUCAAUUCGAAACACAUUCCCUCUUACAAACUGGAGGCGGUCAUGGAAACACCUGAGAGAGGUGUGGCCAUACGUCGACAGAUGAUAUCCGCAAAGCUUCCCUCUCCCUCUGCUCUCUCAUCGUUGCCAUUCACUGAUUAUGACUACUCAAAGGUUAUGGGCACCUGCUGUGAGAAUGUGAUUGGCUAUAUGCCUGUGCCGGUGGGUGUGGCUGGGCCGUUACAUCUGGAUGGAAAGCAGUUCCAAGUUCCCAUGGCAACGACUGAGGGAUGCCUUGUUGCGAGCACCAAUCGGGGAUGUCGAGCAAUUGCGCUUGGCGGUGGAGCCAGAAGUUGCAUCCUAGCUGACAGUAUGACCCGAGGACCUGUGGUAAGACUUCCUUCUGCCUGCCAGGCUGCUGAGGUCAAAGCUUGGCUAGAGAGCAAAGAUGGUUUCCAAGCCAUCAAAGAAGCCUUUGACAACACAAGCAGGUUUGCUCGUCUCCAGAAGCUACUGGUUGGUCUGGCAGGGAGAAAUCUGUAUAUCCGUUUUCAUUCAAAGACAGGGGAUGCAAUGGGAAUGAAUAUGAUCUCAAAGGGUACAGAGCAGGCUUUGAGCAAACUUCAGCAAAACUUUCCAGAGCUGCAAGUUUUGGCUGUCAGUGGGAACUACUGUACAGAUAAGAAACCAGCUGCAGUCAACUGGAUAGAAGGAAGAGGAAGAUCGGCAGUCUGUGAGGCUACUAUCCCUGCUAAUGUGGUCAAAGAGAUUUUGAAGACCUCGACGAAAGCUUUGGUGGAGGUGAACAUCAAUAAAAACCUUGUGGGUUCAGCUAUGGCUGGCAGUAUUGGUGGAUUUAACGCACAUGCAGCCAACCUAGUAGCUGCCAUAUACAUUGCCUGUGGACAGGAUCCUGCUCAGUCAGUGAGCAGCAGUAACUGCAUCACCUUAAUGGAGGAGUCAGGCCCUACAGGUGAAGACCUUUACAUCAGCUGCACCAUGCCCUCUAUAGAGCUUGGCACAGUAGGGGGUGGAACCAACCUGCUUCCUCAGCAAGCUUGCCUUCAGAUGCUGGGCGUACAGGGGGCCAGUGAGGCUUGUCCAGGGGAGAAUGCCAGGCAGCUUGCCAAAGUGGUUUGUGCCACUGUGCUGGCUGGGGAACUGUCACUCAUGUCUGCUCUGGCAGCUGGCCACCUGGUCAAGAGUCACAUGACACAUAACAGAUCCAAGGUGAACCUCCAGGAGAGUGUGGGAACUUGCAUCAAGCAAGCCUCUUGAGCAUGAUACUUGAACAGUAUGCAUAAAAAAGGGACUGAAAUGACUGCAAAGUGAUUUCAACACCAGUAUUUGGUCUGGUUAUCCUGAUUUCUGUUUUUAUUCAACCAUGAAACAACUCAUACGACAAUAAAUGCAGAAAGAAAGAAACUUUCAAACGUUAACUGUGUGAAUGUUGAACAUUGAUUCCACAUAAUGUACAUAGUAAUGUAUCAUAUUGUAAGAAAUAAUUUGUUUUAGCACCAUGGAAUAUGGACAAAAUUGAAUUUCAUCGAGUCUUCACCACCACUAUGUAUGUAAAUAAGCAACCUUAAAGUAGUUGCAUUGCUUCAAAUAAUUUCACAUGUAAGAUGUUAUAUUUCUCUUGGAUUAUCAUUUGGAAGAGGUACCCAUGCUAAACCGGUUGUGACGCGAUUCUUGUGAUUAAUGUUCUUAGUAACAAUGACUUGUACAUUGACAAUGCACUACAUUUUUAUUUUGGUAAAAAAAUUUUAAUGCUGCAAAAAAAUGGUCACAUUUAUUGAUGCCUGAAAACAAACCAAAGGAAAUUUUGCCCAAAUAGCUACGUAUAUGUUCCUUUCUCUAGGAGGCCCUCGGAACAAUAAAUGUUAUUUUAAUAAAUGGUUUUGUUCACGGGAAUUAUUUUAUAUGAACCCUGAUAGAAAAAUAUAAAUUAACAAUAUGAUUUAACUCUUACAAUGGUUAUACCUAAACCCUUGAAGGAGUGGAUUUAAAAUACUUCAAUCAUUUUGAAGUCCUGAAGCUAUAAAAACCCUCAAAAAUGGUUAAAAUCAACUCUAAGGAUUUGAUUGAACACUUUUGCGGUUUACCUGCAGAGACAAAGGAUUUUAUGGCCACAUACAAUCAAACAAAAAUUAAUUAAAUAGGUGAAUAAACAUUUGAAAUGUGGUGAAAUUAUGACAUGAGACUUUUCAAUUGCUUUUAAAAAAUGUUGCCACAAGAGGGAGCUUGCACACCGGAAAAUAAAGGGUAUAGCAAUAACAGGGAUGUCUGUCAGAACUCAUCCUGUAGCAAUUCAUACCUAAUCAAGCUGACUUUAAAUUGACUUGAUGUUAUGUAUUAAUCACAUAGGUGACAAUUAGAGUGUUAAACUACAUUUAAAAUCAACAAUUUAAAUGAAUUGCGGUGGAGCUGGACAAAAUCCAAAGGACUGUCAUUUUUCCAAUACUUCUGGUCCUGUUUCUGAGUACAUUAAAUUGUUAGACAGAUACACCAUUUAAUUGCAGCUUGUAUACCAAACAACACAGAACCUUCGAUAUAUUAAUUUGUAUAUUGGACCCUAAAAGGACACUUGUUUUCACUGACGGCGCGUGUCAGUGCAUGAAUUCACCAAUUAGACAGGUAUUU